AUGAUAUCCAACAUCUUUACGCUGUCAGGUCUGGGAACACUGGAGGCAUGUUGCGUCCUGUGGUACGGCGCCGGGCAGGCAAGCGUGCGCCUGGGGGCCCCCAAGAUCACCGGCAUCAUGCUGGCUGGGGUGCUGGUGGGGCCCAGCGCGAUCAACCUGCUCACCGCCGAGCUGGCAGAGGACCUGGUGGGCCUGGAGCAUGCCUGCCUGGCCCUGAUCGCCCUGGCCGCGGGCAUGGAGCUGGCAGCGGAGGAGCUGGCCAGGACCGGCACCCAGGUCCUGGUGCUGACCCUCUGCAUCGCCCUGGGCUCAUGGCUCGUCACCGCAGCAGGAUUCCUGGGCGUUGUGGCGCUGGUGGGGCCGGAGGCGCUGCACCUGGAGCCGGGCCUGGUCUGGCCGGCGGCCUCGCUGUGUGGAACACUGGCGCUGGCACGCUCCCCAGCCUCCGCGGUGGGCCGGGCGAUCGCCGUGAUCCAGGAGCUCCGUGCCUCCGGCCCCUUCACCAGCCUGGUCAUGGCGGUUACCGUGCUCAAAGACCUCCUCCUCUUCCUCUGCUUCGCGGUAACCCUGGACGUCCUCAGCCAGGAACCCACACCCGACGCCCCCCCCUCGUCCCUGCUGUCACUCACCCUCGCUGCCGGCGCCCCCCUCCUCCGCCUCCUCGUGUCCCUCAGCCUCGGCUUGCUGUCCGGCUCCGGCCUGGCCUGGGUGCUGCAGCCCAGGGGCCCUGCUCAGUGGCUCGGCCGCUGGACCGUGGCCCAGCGUGCGCAGCGCCUGCUCUCGGCGCGGGUGGGGGCGAGGGGCAGUGUGGCGCCGGCGGCCCUCGUCGCCGGCGGCACCUUUUUUGCCGCCCAGGCCCUGGCCGCGGAGCCGCUGCUCUCCUGUGUCGUGGCGGGGGAGGAGGGCCGCAACAACAUCUACCUCAUGGGCGGCGGGUCUGGCCUUAGGGACGUGUCCCAGGUGCUCCACGCCGGCCUGGCGGCCGCCAUGCCCUUCGUGAACGUCCUCUUCUUUGGCCUGGUGGGCGCGCACCUCCGCCUGGGUCUGCUGGCGGGGCUGGCCCCCUUUGCCGUGCUCCUGGCGGCCGCCCGCAUCGCGGGGGUGGCCUUCGGGUGCCUGGCCGGUGGGGUGGCCGGCAGGGUCCCGCCCGCGCUCAGGACCCGGCUCUGGCAGGGCAUGGUCACACAGGCGGGGAUCGCGCUGGGCCUGUGCCAGGUCAUCGCCCGCAGGCUCCCGGACUGGGGUCUGCACGUGGCUGCCCUCAUCGCCGGCAGCAUCAUCGUCAACCUGCUGGUCGGGCCCCUCCUCUUCAAGACGGCGAUUCUUCGCCUGGGGGAAGCAGAAGGAGGGGACAGCUCGGAGGCCAGACCGAGCAAGCAGCGGGACGCAGAGGCCGGCCAGACAACCGUCGAGAUCCCUGUCAUCAGUGCCUGA